AUGCUCCACUUCCAGGCGGUCCUUCUUGGGCUGCCUAGUGCGCUGAAACUGGCUUGUCUUCUCUUUGUGCCCGUCUUUGCCCUGGUGAUCCGCCGGAAAUGGAAGCUCGCCGCCGCCAGCAGGGAGGAGGUCAAGCGUCUUGUAAUUCUGGCUGCCGAGGAGGCUGCUAACGCUGAGAUCGAGGCUGCUAACGAGUACCGUACCCGCCUAGAGUAUGAGUCUUCACCGUCGUCUGCUGCUGCUUCGGAGCCGAAGGGGAAGCCUAUGUGCGCCGUGUGCAACAGGCCCACCACCACCCGCUGCUCCCGCUGCAAGGCUGUCAAAUACUGGUUAGUUGGAUGCUAGACCCUUUUCCUGUUUACAUGGUCAUCCUUCUAUUCCAUGUCUUUAUCUGUUUCUAGUGUUGUCAUUUUUCUUUGGUUAAUUACGUGACUUCUUUUAUCUGCAUGUGUUUAUUUGUAAACUUUACUUCUGCCAGUGCACUCCAUGUAUUUAUACCAGUUCUGGGUGUGAGUAUACUCGAUUCAGAUUCGAAGAUAGUUGACGAUAUAGGAUUUCAUAAGGAUAUUAUCUUAAUGAUUGUGAUCGUUAGUUAGGCUGUCCUUUGAUACUCUUUGAAUAAUAAUUAUUGCAAGUUAUGCUGAAAAUUCAUAGUUUAAGAAUAGGUCAAUUAACGCAUACUGAAAGUUUUGUUUUCCUAAUAUUAUAUAUGUAACGCUAGUUUCAACUUGUUAAGAUGGUGCCACUCUGUCUCCUUGAUAGGAUCGUAUUAUGGUGGAAUUCGAUGGUGAUAUGUGGUUGGGGGGAAAGAGGAAUAUAAGUGCUUAGUGAACAAGGAGGGUUUGAUUCUGUUUUUCUAACAUGCAUGGAAGAGUGAAUGCACGUUUCUUUUUCGAAGGGGAUUGAUUUGUGUCCUUGUACCCAUCAGAAUUUCCAUUCACACUAUAAUGUGACAACUUGACCAAAAGGACACAAUCUCUGUCAGAUAAACUGAGUACAUGCAAGGAGGAAUGCUUGCAUAUUUGUUUUCUAUCUCCACUUCAAAUUGUAUCCCAUACAAGCAUUUAUACCUGAUGGAGUCCUUAUGUAGUUUUUGCAACAUUUCAAAAAGGAAGGCCUACCUUUUUGUGACUAAUGACACGUAUUAUAUAUUAUUGUUAAAAAUACUCAAGUCUCAUUUAAAUGCAAUUUCGAAAAAUAGAAAUAAAAGUUGAAGUAAAAUUUACAAAUGAAGUACUUUUAACUUCAAAAAGAAUUCUUUUAUAUCCGUGUACUAAUAUUUUUCUCGUGUUAAACAUUAUUUUUUGAUUGUUAAUCUUUACUGUUCGAUAUCACAUUUAGUUCUUCCUUUUGCUGAUGCAUAGUAUUGUAAGUAUACCUCAUAAAUUGGAGUUUGGGACGGAAAAUUCCACUUAGAUUCGUGGAUUGAUGUAUGAAUGACCUUCCUUUGAAGCAUUAUCUUUUAUAGAUUUAUUAUGGAUGAUUAAUUCAGUUGUGAAUCUUGCUUAAAUAAAGGAAAGCAGAGCGCCCUUCGUUGUUUCAUGUAUUUUCCGAUUUCCUAGUGCGUCUCUUUAGUAUGUAAAAUUGAGUUCUGUGGGCACGUUUCUUCAGCUAUGUACGGAAGAGUAUUUGUUUGGUUCUUUUGGUGGUUCGUAUUUUAGUUUCUUUUCUUUUGAAAAAAAGUGUUCUGCUUACCAGACAGCCAGCUGAUGACUUUUUUCUUUUGCUAGUAUUUUAGUGAUGUGAAUUUUUGCUAGUAUACAACUGUGUGUAUAGAUUGGCAAUGUGCCUUGGUUUUUUAUUAACUUUGUGUUCUCAGCAUAUUCAAAGGAAUGGGCUUCUGUUGUUCCUGUAAAGGAAUGAACUUCUGUACAUCGUCAUAUUCAUUGUUGCUACCUUCUUAUACAUUUCUGAGAAUUUGUUACUGUUUCCUUAUUUCACAGCUCUGGAAAGUGUCAGAUUAUUCAUUGGCGUCAAGGUCACAAGGAGGAAUGUCGUCCCCCGCUUCCUGAUUCUAAACCGAAAGACAAAGCAACUUCUUCUAAGCUGAGUACUGGAAAAGUUGAUAAUUCUAGUUUCUGUGAGAGCAGUUCAUUCACCACAGAUGACAACUCAAUUCGCGCUCAUAUGGGGAGGACUGGUUCGUCCAAUUUAAGAUGCUCUUCCAUCCGUAUGAAUGGGGAUAUUCCCAAGGUUGAACCCAUUGAGGAUCCUCUCGCAACAUCUCAUUCAUCUGUUUCUCCAUCAUCUAGUUCAUCAGCCUCAACAUCAUCUAGCUGUUCUACAUUCACCAUCCCUUCAGAAACGACAGAUGAUGCUUCUUUUGAAGGUAGUCCACCCAGAGAAGAGCACACCUCUGCUACUGCUGAUGUUGCCUAUACAACUGAAAGCAAAACUAGUGAGCAAAAAAUUACCAGAUCCUCGUCUUCUGAAUGCUCAGACGCUUACUCUUCUGACAAUGACAUUGCUCGAAAUAAGUUAAAUGAAGUGUCUGAUCGUAAAACAAAGAAGGUUGAAUAUCAGUCAGGCCGUUCUGAAGAGCCAAAUUUCAGUAACGUGGAUGAUUUUAUGAUCCCCAAUUCCACAUCUGUUAAUGCUGAAUGUCAAUUUGAAAUGGUUGAUGAACAUAUUCCUGGGUGCACCGACUCCAAUAAGCCUGAAGUUUCUACUAAGGAGUUUAUUCUUCACAGGCACAACCAACCCUUAACAAAUUCUUCUAGUCAAACUUCAGGCUAUAGGAGUAUUCAAUUCAAGGGCAGUCUUCCCAACUCCAGAAGUUCCUUGACGAGGGGUUUUGAUGUCUCAAUUCCUGAAGUUAGGAGGGACAGCAUUGAUCCACUACCUCGACCUCGAGAAGUGAGAUCCUUACCAUUUGCGAUGUCUCCUGAUGAAAACUCUGCUGGUAGCUGUAGACCUUCAGUAUUGGUUACUACGCCUUCAAAAGUUACCAAUCAUGCUGUAGUCCAUACUAGAUUGUCUGGUAUGACAAAUUCUUUCUCAAAAGUUGUCCAGCAGUUUAAGCCUUCAAAGCUUUCAAAGAAUUACUCACAGGCUCAUGGAAGUGAGAGUGCUGGGAAACAUAUUCCCCAGGUAGAAUGCUCAGCCACUGUUUCUUUUACAACACAUACAUUAUAACACUUCUUGCUGCCUUUGUUCAUUAGGUCUCACAAAAUCUUCUGUUUGUUUUUCUUUACUUCUAUUUUUCAGAUGCUCUUUUCAUAUGAUACCUUUGUCAAACUUUACAAUGAUAAGGUGGAAAUGCGCCCUUUUGGUCUGAUGAAUUGCGGAAACAGGUGAGGUCUUGCUUCUUAUGAUGGCCUAUAACAUUUUAACAUUGUGAAAUUUUCACAAAUUUUGAUAUAAUUUGAGUCUGAUUGUACAGUGAUUUAAUAUCUUGAAUUGUUUUUUAAGAGUGUAAAAUUAUAUGAUCUUUAGCCCUAGGAAACUAUUAGAAACGGGAGGAUCGGUGGAGUUUUUCUUUUUCUCAUACUAUUACAAUUUCAUAUUGAAUCAUCUCUUCAUCCUUGAAACUAUGGACAAUGCUCUUUUUCAUUGUCUGAGUUUAUAUCAUGCUUCUCCUCAUUGAUUCGAUUUUAGAUGGGUAUACAUGUACACAUUUAUAUGAAUAUUCCAAUAGUAGCUAAAAUAUGCAUUAAAAUGUUUGCUUGGAAGAGGUCAUGAAGAGAAAGUAGGAGAGAAGAAGAUGGGUGGAGUGUAAGACAUUGAGAGUUGUGCUGGUGCUAUAGGAGAGUGUGCCAGCACAGGGUAAAGGGUCAGCCCAGGCUAUGCCAUCAGAUGUCAGAGCUUUGCCUGUGUUAGCGAGGUAGAGGUCUUUCUCACAGAGGAGGAUGUAGAUAGCAAGAGGAUCAACCGCUGCUGGAGCUGACUCGUAUGAUUAAGACUGCAGAUAACAUGUGCGUGGGGUGUAGUUCUAUGCCCAUGCAUAGAAUGAUCUGAAUUUCCUCCAUGGAGAACCUACAUCGCAGGAUGGCUGCUGACCGAGGUUUUUAAGGCAACUAGGUGAUGGUGGUCAGUCAAGGACGUGCCCCUUAUUGAUAAUAUGUAUAAAACAGUAAAUUACAUAGCCAUCACAGUAAUAAUGUAUGUUUACUCGGUACUAGCAUAUACAAGCAUAUAAUGUGAAAGAGAGGUUUCCAGAAAUCUCUUGGACACAGGGAACCCAGAUCACAUCACCUUUACCCUCCUAUUUACAUAGACAAAGUAAAUGGACAAUCUUCUAUCAUACACCUUGUCUUCUGGCCACAAAACUUCACCGAAGCAGCUCGAUUACAUGUUCAGAGAUGGCAGAGUUACAGCUCUCUGUGGCCUUGUGAUACACCCAAGAAAAAGCACGUUGAUUUAAAGCAAUGGAAAUCUUUUCAGUGAAACAAGUUGCCUCUAAAAACCUGUCAACUUAUUUUGGUUUCUAGACCCACAACCCCCAGCAUCCAUUAUUCCCAUUCCAUGGAUCAAUGAUAGUUGCCAUUUCUUGUAAAUGAGGUGUUGUUUUUACAUUUUUCCAUUGACGGUUUCUCAGGAGCAGCAAGAUUUCCAGGGGCUGUAUGUUAUUGUCAAUCGGGUUAGGUGGUGGUGCUAUGAUUUUUUUUUUCCUUUUUACCGUUCUUUGUACAUAAGGUACUUCAUUAUGCUUUAUUUUUAUUAGUGACGGCAUGGUAAUCUCUUUCAGAAAACAUGAUCUUGAUGCUAAUUAACCUCACAUCUCAUCUAGAGUGUUAUUCAAUGCAGAAUAACUUGAGUUAUCUUUGACGCCAUGAGUUUGUUCUCUCAGAUAAAGGAACAUUUAUAUGGUUUCUGAUAUCCAUUUCCAAUUUCCUGCAGCUGUUAUGCGAAUGUGGUACUCCAGUGUCUGGCUUUUACUCGGCCCCUUAAUUCUUACCUUCUUCAAGGAUUUCAUAGCAAGUCAUGUAUGUCUCCUCUCCCUUAACUUUUGGUUGUUGUUUUCUUAUACAUUUCCAAUGACCUAUUUGCUGAAAAUGCUUGAUUUUCCUUCUAGGCGCUAAAAGUAGCUGGUGCUUUACUUGUGAGCUAGAAAGCCUGAUUUCAAAGGCAAAACAAGGAGAGUCUGUACUGUCUCCUGCAGGCAUAAUGUCUCAAUUACCCAAUAUUGGAGCGCAUCUUGGGCCUGGAAGAGAGGAAGAUGCUCAUGAAUUUCUACGGUGUGUAUACGAUCGUGUUGAAAUUCUUGAAUUGAGAAUUUAUCUUGUCAGGUUUUCUUUAUAAAGAAUGAUUGCGCUAAAUUAUGUAAAAAUUACUGUCUUUACUGCACAGUUAUCACAUAAUUUCCAUUUAGAUUUAGUUGAGCACUGAGUUGUGAAGAAAACUGGAGUUCGUUGUUUGAAUUGAUCUCACGGUACAAACAUAGAUAUUCUGCAACAAUUUACUUGUCUAGUUAUUUACUGGCAUUUACCACCAUAUGUUCUAUCUCUGUAAUGAAUUAUUGCUUCUUCUCUGUACUGUUUUAGAUAGUUGUUUCUUGAACAUUUUCAGUUUCAUUUCUGCACAUACUCUGUCUAAAAUAAUUAGUUAUUUGCUGUCUUCAUGUCUUUUCAAUUUUAAUUUUAAAUCUUGUUUACACUCUUUGCUCAGCUUUAAGCAGGUAAAUGAUUGCAUAUGGCCGAGCAGAAAAACUAAGAUUAAUGUAACGAUUAAAUCUUCAUUAAUGCAUCACAUUUGCAUUUUACUUUUAGAGAUAUCUAUAUAAUGCCUAAUCUACUGGCAAAGUGUGUAGUGCUGAGAUCUUGUGCAAUUCUAGAAAUGUAAAGUUCUGUGGUACUGGGGUCGUAAUAAAUGCAGAGCCCUUUAAUAAAAACCUUGUUAUUUUGUGGCUAGAUUCUUGCCAAAAGAAGCAGUGUUUGGGGGGGAAGAAGAACACUAUUUUGACAUCUUUUGGUACAGUUGAAAUGCAUAUUUAACACUUUGACGUGAACGCUUUUUAUAAUUUUGAUAGGUCUGCUGUUGAUACAAUGCAAUCAGCAUCUUAUAAGACAAGGGGUACAGAUUCACCUCUCCAACUCUCAGCAGAAGCAACUUUCAUGCAGCUUAUUUUUGGCGGCUACAUUCGAUCAAAGGUGUUGUGCGCCUUUCUUGUUUCCCACUUUUGGGGGUUUGACACUUUAUUUUGUGAAGGGGGUUAGUGACUGGAAUCUGUAAUGCAGAUAAAAUGUAUGAACUGCCAGAGUAAUUCUGUCCGGAAUGAGCGGAUGCUGGAUCUCACUGUUGGAAUACCUGGUGAUGUUCGAACACUUCAGGAGGCGCUUUUUCGGUUUACAGCUACUGAGAUUUUAGAUGGAGAUAAUCAAUAUGAAUGCAGCAGGUCUGGCUUCUUCUUCUCCAUCAUUUUCUUCAUGAUUACUAAACCGCUGAGGUCUUUGACAUUGAUGGAUUUCAGUUCCUCCACUACGGAACCAUACAAUUUCGAAAAAUCUUUGAAAUGGCUUGAGUUUCACGCCGACUCUAUUGACUCUCAGACCAAGAAAAAUCCCAUUUCCAGUGCAUCCCCGUAUCCAAUUCAUUUUUUGACUCCAAUCUCUGUUUACAUAGUAAAUAUGGAAAGUUGAGGUAAUUGACGAAAGCGAUAUCCGUCGAGAUCACCUGCUUGAGAUUUAUCUACUGUUGAAUUUGCCCUUUGGAGGUUGUUUCACUCUUAGACCUGGUUUAUCAUCACUAUUAGGUGUCUCAGAUGAUAUCUCUUGGGCUUUCUUCUCACAAAUUUUCGUGCAGUUGCAUAUUUUCUAUUUUCCUCUCUAAUGGAAUUCCCAAUUGUUGGAUUUAUGAAAUUUUUCCCUCGAUAUAUUUCGGUAUGAUUUUGGUGUCAGUAACAGAAUUUCCAUCAAUAUUCUUCUCGGUCAGUAUGUUAGGUUACAUACAUACUUUGGAUUCAUAUGUUCAGGUGCAAAUCGUAUCAGAAAGCAAAGAAGAGAUUGAAAGUGCUGGAGGCUCCCAACAUCCUUACAAUAGCGUUGAAAAGAUUUCAGGUAUUCCAGAAGCUUACUUUCUCUUUUCAGCAUUUAUGGAUUGAUCUCGACGCAUUCUCCUCUCACUGCGGUGCUUCAGUCAGGCAUUUAUACUUACCCAGAUGCCUCCGUCGUGUCUACUCUCUCAGUCUGGAAAAUUUGGAAAGCUCAACAAGGCGGUCGUGUUCCCCGAGCACCUGAAUUUGGCCGACUACAUGACCAGUUCCAGCAGGAACAGGGACAAAUCCCCUGUCUACCAGCUGUAUGCUGUGGUGGCGCAUUUGGAUAUCAUGAACGCUGCCUUUUCUGGGCACUAUGUCUGCUACGUGAGGAAUGCGAGCGGAAAGUGGUACAAGAUCGAUGAUAGCACGGUACGCUCCAACCCUUUUGCUGCCAAUUGAGAUUUUUUCUAGUUCUUCAGCAUUCCAAAGUGUGAUCUAAAGAAAUUUCUGAAAUAAGUUUGUCAAAACCCAAUUGCGAAUACCUCAGGGAAUGUCUUUGGAUGAUCCAUCCAAUUUCAUCUCAAAGUUUUUCUUAGCUGGAUUAUGUUUGAUGAUCCAAUUUUGCUGCCGAUUGAGAUUUACCCAGUUCUGCAGCGUUCCAAAGUAUGAUCUAAAGAGAUUUUUUGAAAUUUUUUUUUCAAAACCCAAUUGCGAAUACCUCAGGAAUAUCCUCAGAUGAUCGAUCCAGUUUCAUCACAGUUUCUCUAAACUGGGGUGUUCGAUGAUCCUCCUCCCACUCCAGAGCCCGGCAUUGACCUCGCUUCUUGAUUUCUUCUUCGGCAUGAGAUCUGGUUCUUGUCCUUUUUGGCGAUUUUCUCUUCUCUCUCUUGAAUGGGUUGGGUUGGCCUCAGGUGAAGCCAGUGGAGCUCGAGAAGGUCCUCUCGAAGACCGCCUACAUGCUCUUCUACGCGAGGUGAUCAAUCGCUUCUCUGUGCUUUUGAUUCUCGGGGUUUGUGAUUAUUCUGCGGAGGGAAAAAAAGGGGCGACUUUUUCUCAUCGGUGCUGUGUGGACAGGCGAUCGCCGAAGAAUACGGCGCUGUCGCCGCACGACUGCGGCAACGGGAGGCCGAAGAGCAAAUCCGGGGAGGAUCUCCCCGCCGUGCCGCCGUGCCCACGGCGGCCGAAGAAUCUGGGGAGGUUCGACGACGACUCCGACGGCGGCGCCUCCUCCCUGUUCAGCCGCUCCUCCUCCGACGGCGGAGGCGCCGCCUCCUGCAGCACGGAGAGCGCGAGGUACUCCUCCAGCACCGAGGGGCCGGAAUGGAUCUUCGGGGACAACAGCGGCGGCAGCCUCUGGAGCAGCCCCGCGGGGUUCUCCGACGACUCUGACGGCGGCGUAGGCUGGUGGCGCCGCCUCUCCCCCACCGAGCCCCACUUCCCGGACUCGCCGGAGAGCGGCUACUCUGCCUCGGAGUUGAGCAGCUCCUCCGGUCACGACGACGGCUACCCGGCGAGAGGCCUAAGUUAUGAUGGGAACCACACGGCGGCGGAGACCGGCGACGCCGCCGCGUUUUUGGAUUCUGACGACCGCAGUAGACAUUUUAGGAAGCUAACGUUACAUCGCAGCAGCAGCAGCAGCAGCGGCACCAGCAGCAGCAGCAGCAGCAGCAGCAGCAGCAGCCUUAGGGGCGGCGGCGGCGGCGGUGGUGGCGGCGGCAGUGGCGGCGGCAGUGGCGGCAACCCAUCCAGGUAUAAAUCUGUUCCUGUGUCCAGGAGCGUCCGGGAGAGGGCGACUCAGACGAGGUUUUGA